AUGGCCCCAACUGACGACUACGACCACAAAUCUAGCAAACGCUCCGUCCGCGACGACGACAGAGAGAAAGGAAGCAGCCACAGAAGGUCACGGAAUUCUCCGGACGGAGGCCGCCACGAACGACGAAGAUCCCGUGACAGAAGACGACGCUCACGAACCCCAGACUCGCCAGACCGGCAUCGCCGUCGCCGCGACCGGGGCUCUGACCGUGACCCCGAAAGGGAUCAUGGUAGCGGUCCCGACAGCCGAGGUAGCAGGCGAGAAAGAUCGCGCGAUAAUGGGCAUUCAGACCGCCGAAGACGGCGCAGAGAUCACGACGACCAAGAGGACAAUGACCGCAAAGACCGUCGAGGCCCUGUGAAGAGAGGUGGACCGCUGCCCUCUCAAGCAGACUCUUUCGCUAUCACUAAAGGGGAAGAGCCAGAGAAGCCCAAAGAGAAGCCUAAUUUCGGCAACUCUGGCUCACUAGCCGCUGCUUCGAACUCGGUUGCACAAGCUGACGGCACAUCCAUUAUCCUCAAGUACCAUGAACCAUCUGAGGCUCGGAAGCCACCGGCCCGCGAUCAGUGGAAGCUCUUUGUCUUCAAGGGAGGCGAUAUAGUGGACACUAUUGAUCUCAGUUUGAGAAGCUGCUGGUUGGUUGGACGCGAAAUGGCCGUGGUUGACUUGCCAGCUGAGCAUCCCAGCAUCAGCAAGCAGCACGCCGUGAUACAGUUUCGUUAUACGGAAAAGCGUAAUGAGUACGGAGACAAAAUUGGCCGAGUUAAGCCAUAUCUGAUUGAUUUGGAGAGCGCUAAUGGAACGAUACUGAAUGAUAGCAAAGUCCCUGAGAGUCGUUACCUGGAGCUACGCGACAAGGACAUGAUUCAGUUUGGUAACAGCACGAGAGAAUACGUCGUCAUGCUGGCACCCAAAGACUAA